AUGAUGAAUCCAAUUUACCCAACAAUCUCUAUUCAUGCUCAAAUCAAUCAAACUAUUAACUUAGUCUGUCCCACACCUUCUUGGCGCCGGUCGGCCCUCCAUCGCACUAAAAGUUUCCUCUCCCCUAAAUCAUCAAGUGUCAAACCUCAAACCGUUGGAAAAAAAUCUCAACGGUUCCUAAAAAACAUGAAUCAGAACGAAGACAAUUACAGUCCUCGUUCAUCAAUCGUAUAUAUCAACGAAGGAGUUGAAGAUGAUUCAUCAAAACAUGAAAAGGGAGUUGAAGAUUUAAGAAAUUAUAAAGGAUUUCAUAAAUUUAAUAAUUUUUCAAAUAUCCCUCCAUUGAGUAAUCCUAUUAAACCAAAAUUUAAAAAGAAGUCUAGUUUAUUAGGGAAAUUGAUUUAUAAUAGGAAAGACUCCGAUGACAAUGGUGAAAGGAGGAAGAGUAGUGGAUCAAAAGAUAAAAUCGAAAAAAUACCUUCUCAUACCAAUUUAACUGGUGAUAAUUUAAAAAGUGGAGAUAAUUCAAGUCCAGGAAGUUCAGGUAAUAAUUCCAAUUCAAAUUCCAAUAUUAAUCCACGAUCAAAUUCUAAUUCUGGUCCUUCACUGCAACCACCCAAUGGACAUAAUCCAAGUGUUCAUCUGGAAGAUUCCAAUCAUAAAUUCAAAUUUAGAUUAUCAUCAUUAACUGACCAUGAAGGUAAUUUAUUCAAAAGUUCUGCUCAUAGUAGUCCUACUCAAAGGAAAAAUUCAUAUUCUAGUACCAUAGGGUCCCAAUCAAGUCCAGAAAAAUCCAGAAAUAAUAGUAAAGCAACAUCAGCAACUAUGCUCGAUUUGAAUUUAACAGAACUUGAUGAUUUUAUUAAGAAUCCAAAACAAUCAAUGAGUUCACAAUCAUCAAAUCCUUGGAAAGCUCCUGAUAGUUGGGACGUUAAAGUGGAUAUUCAAGAUGAAGAUGGAUUAAUUCACCAUAAUGAUAGUGAAAUAAUAAUUCAUACUGAUGAUGAUAUAACCAAACUUGAGAAUUUCUUAUCAACCAAAUCAGAUUUACCCGUAUUAUAUGGAGCAAGACAUCAAAGUCAUAUAGUUACGUCACAAAAUGAUAAUAAAUUAAAGGGGAAAAAUCAUAUUAUAAGAAUUUUCAAAGAAGAUAAUACAUUUACCACGAUUUUAAAUUCUUUAGAAGCAACAACUGCAGAAAUUUUACUUAAUAUUCAAAAGAAAUUCUUCCUUGAAUCGAUAUCAAAUUAUCAAUUAUCGCUUUAUAUAGGGAAUUAUGUUAAAGUCCUAGAACCUUUUGAAAAACCUUUAAAAAUUCAAAUGGGAUUAUUGAUGUUAAGUGGUUAUAGAGAUAUUGAUAAUUUAAGAAUGAUUGGUAGUGAAGAUUUAUCAUUUAUUUGUAAAUUUGUCGUUGAAAGUAGUCAUUUAAGAAAUCUUACUCAUGAAGAAGAAUUACUUUUAUCUAAAGAUUAUGUUAAUGUUAACCUUUCAGGAUUGAAUUUGAAAACCAUCCCCAUUAUUUUCCAUCAACAUACUUAUGAAAUCGAAACUUUAAAUGCUGGUGAUAAUCCCGCUAUUUAUAUUCCUUUAGAUUUCAUUCAAUCUUGUAGUUAUUUAAAAAGUUUGACAUUUUCAAGAAAUGGAUGUUCCAAAUUCCCCCUUAAUUUCCUCGAAGCUACAACUUUAAAAUAUCUUGAUAUGGAGAAAAAUUUCUUAGAUGAAUUACCUUCAAAUUUUGAUAGUUUAAAUAACUUAAAACAUCUUAAAUUAAAUUCAAAUCAAUUGAAUUCUUUACCUUCAAGUUUCGUAAAUUUAAAGAAUUUAGAAACCCUUAAUUUAUCAUCAAAUUAUUUCAAUUCAUAUCCUGAUCCAAUCAGUGAAUUAGUCAAUUUAAAAGAUUUAGAUUUAUCUUAUAAUGACUUACAAUUUUUACCCAAAUCAAUUAAAAAUCUUAAAAAGUUAGCUAAAUUGAAUUUAUGUACUAACAAAUUGAGUAAGAAAUUACCUGAUUUCUUUAAUGAAUUAUCUUCAUUGAAAAGAUUAGAUAUCAGAUAUAAUUAUAUAACAAAUGUUGAUGUUUUAGGUAGUUUACCCAAUUUAGAAGCAGUUUAUGCUUCAAAGAAUUAUAUAUCGGGAUUUUUCGAUAAAAUGGAAAGUUUUAGAGUUUUACAAUUUGAUAGAAAUCCUAUAACUAAUUUGGAAUUUAAGAAUAACUUGAUUAAAUUAACUUCAUUGAAUUUGUCUAAGGCUAAGUUAACAAUUAUUCAACCUGAAUUCAUAACCAAGAUUGUUCAUUUAGAGAAAUUGAUCUUGGAUAAAAAUCAUUUGGUUAAUUUACCUGAAAAUUUAGGUUCUUUAACAAAAUUAAUUCAUUUAUCGAUAUUUGGUAAUAAUUUACAAGUUUUACCUUCAUCUAUUGGUCAAUUAACUAAUUUACAAUAUCUUGAUUUACAUUCCAAUAACUUACAAAUCUUACCUCAAGAAAUAUGGUUAUUAAAAUCGUUAACUAUGUUGAAUGUUUCAUCAAAUAUGUUAACUGGAUUCCCAACCCCUCCAGUAUCAGUAGCUAAAAGAAUCAGUUCAAGUGCUAACUUCAAUGAUUUGAAUAGAUUUCAAGAUAUCAAAGAAGAUAGUGUCAUGGAAGAUACUAUAAUGAAUAAUAAUAAAUCUACUGAUUCUUUGACUGAUAAUUUAACUCACUUGUUAUUAGCUGAUAAUCGUUUAAACGAUGAAUGUUUCCAAUCUUUAAGUUCAUUAGCUAACUUAAUGGUAUUGAAUUUAUCCUAUAAUGAUAUUAUUGAAAUACCUAAUGGUGGAUUAUCAAGACUAAGAAGAUUACAUGAAAUUUAUUUAGCUGGUAAUGAUUUAUCUUCAUUACCAGCAGAUGAUUUUGAAGCGUUAACUAGGUUGAAAACUUUAUUCGUCAAUAAUAAUAAAUUGGUAUCAUUACCAGCAGAAUUGAGUAAAUUGGUAAAUUUACAAAAUUUGGAUGUUGGUUCAAAUCAAUUGAAGUAUAAUAUAAGUAAUUGGCCUUAUGAUUGGAGUUGGCAUUGGAAUGAAAAGUUAAGAUACUUGAAUUUCUCGGGUAAUAAGAGAUUUGAAAUCAAACAAAGUCAUAUAAAGAAUCCUGAUACUGGAGAAGAUUUCGAUAGUUUAUUGGUAUUGAAGAAUUUGAAAGUUUUAGGGUUAAUUGAUGUUACUUUAACUACAUCUGCAGUUCCUGAUCAAAAUCCUGAGAUGAGAAUUAGAACUACAGCUUCAGAAUUAGAUGAUAUUGGUUAUGGUGUGAGUGAUUCUAUGGGUAUUAGAGAAUAUGUUUCUUCGAGAGAUAUUUUCAUUCAAAAAUUCAGAGGUAAUGAAAAUGAAGUUUUGUUUGCAUCUUUCGAUGGUAAAGGAGGUUCUUUGAAUAGAGGUCAUAAGAUUUCAGCCAUUUGUAAAAGUUUAUUUGCAAGGUUAUUUACUGAAGAAUUAAAUAAAAUUAAGGAGGAUAGUCAAAUUCCUGAUGCUUUAAGAAGAACGUUCUUACAAAUCAAUAAAGAAAUUAAUGGUAUUUUAGCUAGUAAGAAAGCCAAUAGUUUCAUUGCCAACACUCCAUUGAAAAUUGAAUUUCAAGAUCUUAAUUUAUUUGAUGAUGGUAAUGCUGGUUGUAGUAUUGCUGUUAUUUAUAUUAAAGAUAAGAAAUUGUAUACGGCAAAUGUUGGUGAUACUGAAGCUCUUUUAUCAAGAAAGAAUGGUGAUCAUGUAUUAUUAACUACUAAACAUGAUCCAACCAAUAGAAAUGAAUUUGAAAGAAUCAGAGCUGCUGGGGGAUAUGUUGGAGGUGAUGGUACAUUAGAUGGAGAUUUAUUAAUUUCCAGAGGUGCUGGAUUCUUUAAUUAUUUACCUCAUACUCAUUCAGGUCCCGACGUUACAUCAUUAGAAAUAACUACUAGUGACGAUAUGAUUAUCGUUGCUUCUAAAGUUCUUUGGGAUUUCAUCCAAUAUGAAGUAGCCGUUGAUAUCAUCAGACAAGAAAAAGAUGAUCCAAUGUUAGCAUCACAAAAAUUAAGAGAUUUUGCUAUUUCUUAUGGUGCCACCGAUAAAAUUUCUGUUAUGGUGAUAAGUUUGGGGGUCGAUAGAAAUAAGAAUAAUGGAUUAUAUAAUAGUUUAAGUGGUAAAGAUAAUGAUUUAUUUGGUAAUGUUAAUCAAUUAAUAAAGAAAAGAAGAGAUAGAGUUGGUACUGGUGAUACAACUUUAAGAAUGUUGGAUAAUGAAAUCGAACCUCCAGUUGGAGAUUUAGCUUUGGUUUUCACUGAUAUUAAGAAUUCUACUUUAUUAUGGGAUGCUUAUCCUGUGGCCAUGAGAUCAGCCAUUAAAAUUCAUAAUUCUAUUAUGAGAAGACAAUUAAGAAUUGUAGGAGGUUAUGAGGUUAAAACUGAAGGGGAUUCUUUCAUGGUUUCGUUCCCUACGCCCACGUCAGCAUUGUUAUGGUGUUUCAAUGUUCAACAACAAUUAUUGACAGCAGAUUGGCCAGUGGAAAUUUUGGAAACUGAUCAAUGUUUUGAAGUUACUGAUAAUAAUGGUAAUACCAUUUACAGAGGGUUAUCAGUUAGAAUGGGGAUCCAUUGGGGUUCACCUGUUUGUGAAUUAGAUGUUAUUACUCAUAGAAUGGAUUAUUUUGGUCCUAUGGUUAAUAGAGCUUCAAGAAUCAAUGCUUUAGCUGAUGGUGGACAAAUUUGUAUUUCAUCUGACUUUUAUAAUGAAAUUCAAACAUUGUUCAAUUUGAUUGAUAAAGUUAAUGAUAAAGAAACUACUAUGGAUGAAGCUUUUAACGGUAAUUUGAUGGCAGGUGAAAUAAUUGAACAAGAAAUUAAACAAUUAAAAGAAACCGGUUGUCAUUAUUAUGAAUUGGGAGAGAAAAAAUUAAAAGGUUUAGAAGCUCCUGAACAUAUUACUUUAGCUUAUCCUGAAAAAUUAAUCAUUAGAUUUGAAAUCUUCAAAAAUCAAUCAUCUAGUAACACUGUUACUUCAAACACUAUUUUUGGUGCUUUACCAAUAGAUGCUAUCUAUGGUUUAAGAAGUAUGAGUUUGAAAUUAGAAAGAAUUUGUUGUUCAAUAAGUGGAGCUGUGUUCCAAAAUGAUUUCCAAGAGAAUUCUUCCCAACAAUUGUUGAAUAAAAGUGCUGGUUUAUUUAAAGAUUCAGAACUUUUAGGUUUGUUAUACCAUGUGGUUGUUAGAAUUGAGAAUUGUGUUUCAAUCAUUGCUCUUAGACAAAACUUGAGUAGCUUUAAGGGUAAUAACAAUUUCGAACAUAAUGUUCCAACAUUGAAAGUAAUUGAUGAAUUAAAUCAAAUCAUCAAAGACUUUUCUUCUUUAACCACUAAACAUAACUUACCUGUCAAUUAA